CCAAAAACAACGCAAGAAAACACGAGAGAAUCCACAACUGGGGAAUCUCAUCUCCGCCCGGGCUCGUUCCCGCCGUCGCCACCGGAAAUCGGCCAUGGCAUCUUCCUCCGCCGGCAUUACUCAUUCACCGGCCGAUGUUGCUCCUUCUGCAAGCAGUCGUUUCCACUUCUCGCCCGAUCCUCCGCCUCUUCCUACUCUCACUCCCGAGCAGCGCAGCUACUGCUCUGAGGCGCUCCAAAUUCUCAGACAGAAGCUCCGAACCCCGCAGCGGAUAGCUCAAGAGUUCUCUCAUUUGCAGGCAAAUAGGAUGACGGCAUCCCAAGUGGCCAGAAGCUGCAAGGUGGCUCUUAACAAUGCCAACUCGGAGAAGAAUCGUUAUAUGGAUGUCAUACCAUUUGACCAAAACAGGGUUGUUCUUGAUGCUUGCAAAGACUAUAGACCAGAAGCCAAGGGAUACGUCAAUGCAAGCUUCAUAGAGGCAUCUACUUCUGAAACUGUUUCACGAUUUAUAGCCACUCAGGGACCACUAUCACACACUUAUGAGGACUUCUGGGCAAUGGUGAUUCAGUAUAAAUGCCCUGCUAUUGUGAUGUUGACUCGUUUGGUGGACAACUAUAAGACUGCUAAAUGUGGAGAUUACUUUCAAGCAGAAGAUGGUCCUAGAGACAUUGGAAAUGUUUGCAUCAUGACGAGGUGGACUUCGAAUACUGCAACCUCAUUAAUGUUGCGAAACUUAGAAGUUGGUGAUAAAGUGUCAGAAGAACCACCCAUGUCAGUUUUGCACAUUCAGUAUCCUGAAUGGCCUGACCAUGGAGUUCCCAAGGAUACAACUGCAGUGCGUGAAAUUUUCAGAAGAUUAUAUCAUGUGCCUCCUCAACUUGGCCCAAUAGUUGUUCACUGCAGUGCGGGUAUUGGUAGAACAGGCACGUACUGCACAAUCCAAAAUACAAUCCAGAGAAUCAUUGCUGGAGACAAGUCUGCCACCAAUCUUGCUAAUACCGUAACAGUGUUUAGGUCCCAACGCAUUGGGAUGGUUCAAACCAUGGAGCAAUAUAUCUUCUGCUAUGAAGCUAUCAUCGACGAACUGGAAAGCCUCACCUCAGAAUCUGAACCCUCUAGAUAAAACUCCCUUCGUGUUGGAAGUUCCUUAAGCUUCUCUUCUCUGCAACUUUGACAAACGAUCUUAUACACCAAGACCAAAGGCAUCGCAGAACUAACGUGAUCAUGUGCGGCUGCUGUUAACACCUUAAGAUGACCAGUCGCCUUCACAUCAUCUAUCUAUUUGCUCACCUACAACCUCGAAAUAGGACAGGUUGUCCAGGACCGUGUGGGAAAAUGAAGAUUAAAGUGGCGAGGGGCGAAGUUUUGUUGUUCAGUCAAACUGCUCUUUUCUUCUGUCAUUGUCAUGGUAAAGCUCAGCUUGAGCAGCUGCUGCAGAAUGAUUUCAUGAUUGUUUUGGCAAUUGCAUAGAAGCUGCCUGAUUGUUUUGACCCUAUUGUUUCUUGGCUUUUCUUGUUUUCUUCAGUCUAAGAUGGUUGGUUGCUGCCCAGUCAAACAAUCAAUUUACUUGCUCUUAUCUUUGACCUAGCGU